ACGUAACCCAUUCAGUUGUCCUUGCCCACUACCAACAUUCAAACCUGUUUUCACUCUUUCCUCUAUUCAACCGAAUAUUAGCCCCGUGAUCUUCAUAACACUUUUCCUUUCAUACAUAAAAACAAGACGCCAUGGAAAGCAGCAAAGGCAAUGAUGCCCUCCUAACAGCUACAAAAGUAACAGAAUUCAACAUAAACCAUGGGGGCUACAUCCCCGUAACAUUCGGAAUACUUCUUCUGGCAGGGUGUGCUGCGGCCUAUGCCAUUGCUGUGACCAGGGGCAAUGUGGAAGCCAUUUUACCUCUCAUAAGUGAUGCAGCGGGAUCGCCUCCUCAAAAUGGAAUCUUCGGGACUUUGAUCUGCAUAGGAGGAAUGUUUGGCGUCCUGUUCAUGAUUCAACGCUAUAUGAUAGUAUCUGAAAAGAAUCGUGAUAUGAGCAAGUUGGUGGGCGCGGUCAAUAAAUUGUGUCUCUGCGCUGGAAUUGUGUCGAUGCUUGGAAUAACACUUGUUACAGGAUACCCUCUCAACUUUUACAGGAACAGGGAUAUUUGGCUAAGGGACGUAGGAAUCCCUCAUAUGAUUGGUGGAGUGAUCCUGUUUUCUUUGGGAUUGGUCUACUUGGGACUGCAAUGUGCAAUCACUCUGCUUCUCAAAACAAAGAAUGAAUGCACUCUAACUAUUCGAGUCCUGCUCUUUUUGGCAUGUGCUGUUGCCUUCGUGUACCACAUGAUGACCGUUCCUGAUAAUUUUUCUGGAAUAUCACACAUGUAUUAUAUGAAUAGCACGGAUGUAGACACGAACACCACAAACCUUUUGCCUUAUCCAUCGACUUUAGGAGUGGAUCUCAAAUUACCAAUUGAUAUGGAUGGAUCUUACUUCACAAGUGCCGUAGCUGAAUGGGCGUUCGUUAUCUGCUUCUGUUUCUUCUUUUUCACCUUCUACAGUGAGACUCAGGAAUAUUCCUUACAAAUUAUCAUCGAAACUCACACAACUCAUGGAACUGAAGUUUCCGAUGAACCAAAAAUAGAUUUUAGAAAGGCAUCCGUACAUCAACAAGUAAGCUAUCAUUUCGAGAAAUCUUUUGCAAGAUAGUACCUAUUGUUUAGG